AUACCGCGACGUCUUUCAUUGAUGGAACUGAUAGAAAUAUCUCGCCAUGACCUAUGUCAUGGAUCUAUACUGCUUUUAAUCGUCUUUAGCGUGUUCAGGCUUACCGAUCACUUCUCUUCGUUAAAAAAUGUUAAUCGUGUGAGUGCCGGACACGUGAAAACGAGUCAUAGUGGGGAAUAAGCUAUUGUCCUUGAGUGUUAUUGUCUAGAAUUUUGUUGCAUUUUUAUCGCAUAUUUAGAAUAAUUAUAAUAGUUUACCAGGAAGUAAGAGACUUCUAGAUAAUAUCAUAUAUAUUAUAUGUAAAAUAUUCCUUAUUUUCUAUUUAACCUGUCAAAUUUAUAUCACAACAAUAUCAUCUGUUGGCCAAAGUUUUAUGUUCUUACCAACUGUAGAUAAAUUGAGGACAGCUCAACAUUCUAUUUUAAUAACGGUGAAUUGAGUCAAUAAUCUGUUUUAAUACCAAACGAUUAAAUUAAUCUUCAUAAAAUGUGGUAAUAAGAGAAAUCUAAGAAAAUGCGUUUAAUAAUUGCAAAAGAUUGGUUUCAAGUAACCGUUGACGUGUAACAGAAAUUGUGAUAACGGACGUUUAAAAUUUAAAUAUUCGAGCUGGAUUCGAUGUAUCGAUUGAUUUGAAAUGGCGACUUACAGUGAAAAAUGUACAGAAGAAUGUUCCUUUGAUUAUAGCGAGGAUAAGCAAAAAGGAGUGUGUUUAAUCAAAGCGGAAUAUAUUCUUGAAGAUCAUGUCAAGUCUUUGAAAGAAGAGGGUGUAACAGAGAGUGACAAUCAAAAGAUUUCAAACCAUGCGGAUAAUUCAGAGGAGGAUGCAGCUGCAACUGAUGAACCCCCAAAUAAAAAAUUCAAGAAUGAUACUAAAAAGGAGAAGCUUAGGGGUCAAAAUAAAGCCAGACCUGCUCCAUUUAAGGCACAGCGUCAGGUGAACCUAUGUCCCUGGAUAGCGGAUCAAACAGUAGAUGAACCUGAGAAGAAAUGUGAUAAUAAACGUUGCACAUUUUUACAUGAUAGAAUUGAGUAUUUAAAAAUAAAGCCAGAUGAUAUCGGGACAGAAUGUUAUCUGUUUAAUUUAACGGGUAAGUGUCCCAGGGGUGCUGCCUGUAGAAUGGGUUCUAAACAUCUAACGGAGGAUGGUUUAAACAUUAUUGAUAAGGAAAAGGAGGAAGAUUUUAAAAAAAAAUCUCCUUCAACUAAGAAUCAUUUAACAAAAAAUCUUCAAAUGCAACUGAGAAAGCAUAAAUAUAAUUUCUCCGAAGCUGAGAAAAUUGUUAAAGCAAAUGAACCAUCUAGAAAGAAAGCAGUCAUAGAAAAAGAAAGUGAGCGACCCACAGAUACAAAUAAGUGUGAAAUGAAGAAUGGUUCUGCUACAGAUGUGUCCAUAACUGAAUCUAGUAACAAAUCUCCUGCAGCAGAUAAUACGGAGCAAAAGCUUGGACCAGUUGAAGAUUAUGAUUUAGUAAAAUGCAGGGAUUCGGAAAAGAAAAAAAUUGAUUGGAAGAAUAAAAUACUAUUGAGUCCUUUGACAACAGUAGGAAAUUUGCCUUUCAGAAGAAUCUGUAAAGAGUAUGGAGCUGAUAUAACUUGUGGAGAGAUGGCCUUGGCUCCCAGAAUAUUGAAAGGUGCACACGAGGAAUGGGCACUUGUUAAAAGACACGAAUCCGAGGACAUAUUUGGUGUACAACUUUGUGGUAACAAUCCAGGUGUACUGACAAGAUGUGCACAACUAUUAAAUAAAGAAAUUGACAUUGACUACAUCGAUCUGAAUCUGGGUUGCCCUAUAGACUUAAUCUAUAGACAGGGAGGUGGAAGUGGAAUGCUUAAUCGAUUGAAUGUGCUAGAAACAGUUGUAAAAUCUGUCAGUCAAGUUUUGGAUAUCCCUUUAACUGUAAAAACUAGAACAGGUGUCUAUAUUGAUAAACCAAUUGCUCAUAAUCUAAUACCAAAGUUUCGUGAGUGGGGUGUAUCCAUGAUUACUGUUCAUGGACGUUCACGCGAACAAAGAUACACAAAGUUAGCUGAUUGGGAGUAUAUAGAUAAAUGUGCAAAGGCGGCACAACCUAUACCUGUGUUUGGCAAUGGUGAUAUUUUAUCUUUUGAUGACUAUCAAAGGAUUCAAAAUACCUACACAAACGUACAAGGCAUUACUAUAGGUCGCGGUGCACUAAUAAAACCAUGGAUAUUCACUGAAAUAAAGGAAAAGAAGUUAAUAGAUAUUUCUAGUUCUGAAAGGUAUGACAUUCUGAAGAAAUAUGCUAAUUAUGGUCUUGAACAUUGGGGUUCAGAUACUCGUGGCGUUGAAACAACAAGAAGAUUUAUGCUGGAAUGGAUAUCCUUUUUACAUAGGUACAUUCCUGUUGGCAUUUUGGAAAGGCCUCCGCAAAGAAUAAACGAGAGACCACCAUUUUAUCGCGGUCGUAACGAUAUGGAAACAUUAAUGGCCAGUUCAAAUUGUGCUGACUGGAUUAAAUUAUCGGAAAUGUUACUAGGAAAAGUUCCUGAGGGAUUCCACUUUUUGCCAAAACACAAGGCGAACUCGUGGAAAAACGGCGGAUAAUAAUGUAAAGUAAAUUGUCAUAAAGAGAGAAAGAUUUUAUAUGACUAUAUUUUCAAAUAAACGCUCGCCGAUGGAAUAAGAUCAUUC